AUGUUAAAGAUUUUAUUGAACAAAAGGAUGAAAUAAUCAGUGAAGUCUUAUUUGCAAAAGGCAUAAAAUUAAAUGAAAAGGUUAUAAAAGGAAUAGUAAAUUUCCUAAAAUUUAUUCUAAUAGAUCCAACCAUUUAUUAGCAAAAACUCUUAUUAGAAAAUGUUUAGCCACUUGAAUUUCAAUACUUAGAUUUUUUUAGAAUAAAGUUUAUUAUAGAAAAAUAAUUUAGAUUAAAUAAAUGGAGCGAAUUCAAUAUUUAAUUAGCAUUAUUUAGGUUAGAAAGUUUCAGAUUUUUUAUAUUAUAGACACCUCCUUUUUACCAAAAAAUUAUCAACUCUACUCAAAUAUAAAAAGAAAUAAUUGAAGAUUUAUAUGCAAGUCUCAAAAGAAAUAACUAUAUUUAUCAUUUAUGUAUUACCAAUAAAGUCAAACUAGAUACUAUCUAUUCUUUCGUGA